GGCUUAGCUUGGGUGGGGCAAUGGUCUCUGCACUCAUCAUCACAAUCGGAUCAUUAGUCCUUCCAGACACACCCAACUCCAUGAUCGAGCGUGGAGAGUACGAAAAGGCCAGGCAACAACUGAGGAAGGUUCACGGCGUGGAAGACAUUGAUGAAGAGUUCAACGAUCUUAUUGCUACAAGUGAGGAAUCGAAGAAGGUGGAACACCCUUGGAGGAACCUGCUGCAGCGCAAGUACAUGCCUCACCUCACCAUGGCAAUCAUGAUUCCAUUCCUCCAGCAAUUCACGGGCAUUAGUGUCAUCAUGUUUUAUGCGCCUGUGUUGUUCCGCUCCAUUGGCUUCAAGGACAACUCUGCUCUCAUGUCAGCCGUCAUCACCGGCGUCGUAAAUGUGGCUGCCACCGUUGUGUCUAUCUAUGGGGUUGACAAGUGAGGUAGGAAAGCCCUUUUUCUAGAAGGCGGAACCUAAAUGAUCAUAUGUCAGGCCGUAGUAGCUGCUGCUAUUGGAGCCAAGUUCGGAGUUGAUGAAAACC